ACCAAAACAUGUGAAGUAAAACUAGUUUUUCCUCUUGAUUAAAUAAACCGUUCUCUAUUUUGAAUCCGUAUAACGAGUAGAUUAAGAUGCCUGAGGCAGGAUGCUUCCGACAGAUAGAAGAAAAGCAUGUGUCACAAGAGGUCACCACCAUGCUGUGGUCUCCCAAGAUGGACCUUGUUGCCCUAGCAACUGUGCUAGGAGAGGUGGUGCUGCAUCGACUUUCCUGGCAGAAGGUGUGGACAUUGGCGCCACCUGGUGAAGAGAUCAAGGUUAGAGGAUUGGCUUGGCGACCAGAUGGGAAAGUGUUAGCAGUAGGGUACAGUACUGGAACUGUCCAGUUGUGUGAUGUUGAGAACUCUGACUGCAUACAUAGCAUUACUCUACCACAUGGUAUCACAUGUCUUCAGUGGGUUGCCGAGCAGAAUCUGAAUGACGAAUCUAAUGCGAGCCAAUCAGAGAACUAUUGUGCAGAUACUAGCGACACCUUUUUGCCAAAACUGCAACCAUUGAAUAAAAGUUAUGGUACUAUUGCCAAAGGACAAAGUGAGGACAACGUGGAAGAUGGGAAGAAGCUGAAAGGACAAACUGAGCUAAAUGUCCUGGUGAUAGGAAACACACUUGGUACCAUUUCACUGUAUGCAUAUGGGAUCUUCCCCGUAGCAACCAUUGACAUGACAUCUGCAACAAAUACUAAGAUUGGAAAUGUGUACUGUGGGGGGCUAUCUCAAGACCUUAGACUUCUUACCCUGAUGGUUGAAACUCUCCAAGGAGAUGCACAGACCUCUGACAUAUCUAUACUCUCAAUUGACACAAGUUUACUUGCCUCAAGACACAGGGAGUUGAGAAUACUUGCCUUAAAGUUUGGACAGAUCCUCACCUUGCUCUCGUAUGCCCAGGCCACUAUCCGUCAGAUGAAGGAGGCUUGGGAGGACAUUCUGCUGGAAAUGGAUACAAAACUACGCAAGUUUGCAGAAGAGAAAUAUAAGCUGGUCAGUGGAACUGUUAGCAAUGACUUCCUAGAGCUUCUCAUGUUUGGAACACCCAGUUCAGAGUUGCAGUCCUUCCUGCUCCAUGAGCUCACAGAGAAGGGGCUGAAGAAGUUGGGCCACUCAAUAGAAACUUCGUAUUCCAAUAUACAAAAAUUGGUGCUAAAACAUUUACAAAGUGUAGGGCAAUCUCUGGUGUACUACCUGACUGAGUUAAAAGGCAUGUCUCUGUGGUAUGACAGGUUUGGUGUGUUAGGUCUUUCGCCACAAUGCAUACAAGAUGCAUUGAAUGCAGCUGGGACCUUUAUGUUGAAGUCAGUUGAAUUACAACAAGUGAUAGAUGGCAGCAUGAAAAAUUUCAAGGCCUUUUUCCGAUGGCUCUAUGUGGUGAUACAGCGAUUAUCGAAUGAACCUAUACCUCCAGAACUGAGCAAAAUGACACAACAAGACUUCAACUUUGUUGCAGAAUUUUUAAAGGAGAACUUUACUGAGGAACAAGAUGGGAGUAGCGGGAGUGCUGGAUUCAAACUUGAGAGGGUCGGUCAGUAUUUGAAGGAUGAGGACCUUGCCCAUCCUCCUGAUGGCGCUAAUAACCCAUGGACAGACCUACUCAAUACUACACCACUACUCAAAGAUUCAUUAUACCCCUGUGCAGAGAACAAGUCAUUGACUCAAGUGUUCAGUGAUCUGAAAGAUUCGAUAGAUGCAGCUGUGAAUAAACCAUCAAUGACAAUAGGGCAAUCUCUGUUCCAUGGCGGCAUCUAUUGUCUGUUCAAACAGCCUAGUGAGACUUCUGGGAAAUCUGAUAAACUUCCACCCUACAAACCUACAAUUACACAACAAACUGUUUCCACAAAUGGUCAAAUGAAUCUCUUCACAGCGUUUCUUGAAUCGAACAGUUCGUGUGAACACUGCUACAUAUUGAGACAGUCUACACAACUCACUCAUGGAGCUGUUGUCAUGGAGAUGGUUCGUAUUGAGUUCAAACAUCUUGGACCUAUAGAUCUCAAUAGCAGUUCAGCUGCAAGGAGAUUUGAAUCAUACUGGUGGCAACUUCAAAGUGUGAAGGCUAUCCUGAAGUGA